AAGUUACUGCUAAUCAUAAUUGAAUCUGGGUGUAUCAGAAUUUUGAUGGGCUUUUGGCUCGCCAUGCUGUGGUGUUGCACAAUUUCUGAUAUUAUCUAGUUGUAAUUAAUAUGGAAUUAUCUGUUAAGUGUUGUUGUGUUGGUUUCAGGUUUAAGGUUGUUUAUAAGGAUGGGUGCAUUAGGGAAACCAAUUGCUGUCGUGUUUUGUAUGGUGCUGAAUCCAUGUAAUUAAUGGGUGUAAUUGUGAUAAUCUGGGAUCUUGGACCUAUAAAUGUUUUUUUUGAAAGAAACCAUGAAAGGCUGAUUUUUACAUCUUAAGCAUUCUCAAUCUCAUACUAGUUUUAAAUUUACUAUUCGAAGGUAAAGAUUUAUUUGUUUUUAAGCAAGAUUUCUAUCCAUGAUUGGAUAUUGCUUGUCCCAAGUCCCAACACUAUCAUGUUUUCAGACACAAAAACAUGGAUGCUAAGAUAAAAAAAACAUGCUUAUACCUGUGCUAGAGUCGGUAAUGAACCUUAUCUGCUUGCAUAGUUCUGAAUUUUAUUUUGCAUGUCAUAGUUUUUUCAUGUCUUACUAUGCAUGCGCUUGUUGUUUUCAUUUAAUUAAAUUAAGGGCGGACGAGGAACUUGUUGAUCAAAAGAAGUAUCUCGAGGACUCUUGCAAGCCUAAAUGUGUGAAGCCUCUACUUGAAUAUGAGGCAUGUGUUAAGAGAGUUGAAGGAGAUGACAGUGGCCACAAACAUUGUACAGGGCAGUACUUUGACUACUGGUUCUGUAUUGAUAAAUGCGUUGCACAGAAGCUAUUCUCUAAACUGAAGUGACAGGGAGUGCUGUCAGGACACCACUUUCAUUUCCUAGUCGAGUUUUUUGCUAUCGUAGUUGGGUUAUGUGAAGUGUUGCUUGGCUGAUAUUUCGUGUCGACCCUUUAUCGUUUUGACAAGGAAAACCUUUUGAAUUAGAAUAACAGAGAAUGUUGUGAAUUGAUGGAUUUGUAAGCUGUUGCAGCAAAUAUCAUGUGAAGUCACGAUGAAAAAAUCGAAAGACUGCAUGAUUGGGUUUAUAAUAUCAGUAGUUCUGCCCUCUUUUUAUAGAAAGAGGUA